UUGUUCAAAUAACGUCGUGUUCAAACGAAAACAAACACCAUCGCUGACGAUAUAUUACUGCGACCUCGUCUUAUCAUUUAAAACUCUUCAGCUCACGCUUACGCAGUAAAAAAAGGUCACAGAUCGUCAAAAGAUUUUUGUAUUUUAUCAUGUUUCGUCUAAUCUUUGCCUUCUAUGCGCAGACAUAUCAUGAUGUAUGCAAUUCGCAUAAUGCUGUUAUGUGUCGUGAUCUUUUCGAUUUACGAAUUUGGAAAAUGUGGUACUAAUUCGAAGUUAAAGGAAACAUACGUUAGUUCGAUGGAAAAAGUGAUACGACGACUAAUAAAAUCGAAGCAGAAAAUCAGUCGUGGGGUUCUAACAAUUAAAGACGAUUUGAAGCAAAUAGCUUUGAGUUUACUGAAAGAGGACGAUGGAACGAGCAGAGAUGCUAAACAAGAGAAGAAUUCAACGACAAUCGCCGAUAUCCUUAGUCCAUUAAAAAUUGAGAUUCAGGCGAUAUAUCCAGGAACAUACUGGUGUGGCGAUGGUAAUAUAUCUCCGAACGAAUCCGAUCUUGGACUUUUUGAGAAAACAGAUGCCUGUUGUAAGGCUCACGAUCUUUGCUCCGAGAAUAUCCCAGCGGAUGGAAUACGAGAUGGUCUUAAGAACAAUGGAAUAUUCACGAGAUCGGCGUGCGUGUGUGACGAAGCUUUUUACGGGUGCUUGAAAGAAGCGAAUAACAUUAUAGCCACUAAAAUCGGAACGACGUAUUUUAAUCUCUUGAGACCUCAGUGUUUCAAGAAGUAUUAUCCUAUUAUAAAUUGUAAAAUAUUUUCAAGGCGCCGCAUUGUAAAUGAUAAAUGCGAAGAGUAUAACUUUGAUACCUCCCAGCCGCAAGUAAUGGAAUGGUUCGACAACCCGGAUUUCUUUACUAUUAUUUAAUUGAUCAACUAAUAUAGGAAAGAUGUUACAGAUUUGAUAGAACAAUUAAUUCACCGGGUCUGUUAAUUCGAACAUCCCUCGCGGUGGAAUUCCUCUUUUAAUAACGUGGGGUAUCG